ACAGGGUAACGAAUUUUAGCCCGUUAGAACUAUUGAUUGGAAGAGAGGCUAGGCCAAUGGGCUUGUUGCCUAUAAAUGAUGAAGCUAAAAUGGAUUGUAAGCACGCAAGAGCUCAGGAUAAUGUAAAUAUAGAAAAUAGGGCGAAAUAUGAAAAAGAAAGUGAAGAUCGCCAUCAGACAAAAAUGGAUUCUAAAUUCAAAGGACCUCUUGUGGUUGCGGAGUUGCUGGAAGGUGACCGAACGUAUUAAAACAUUAAAAUUGGCAAUUUUGUACAUAAACUACUUAGAGGAUCUUCUGGAUGGAGAUCAGGAUGAAAAAGGCGUGUUUCUUGCAGAGCUUAAUCCGGCACAUCACAAAACAUGUUGCGAUCAGAAUAAGUGUCUAAAAAGUGAUUUUCAAAAUAUUCGGAUAACGACCAAUGGACGAACAGGUUGGCCACAGGAUGUUUGGGCAUCUGAGCUUAAUCCUGAUCAAAACUAG